GUGGACAUGCCAAACUACAAUGAGUCGAUUGACCAGAUCGACUACAAGCGCCUGGUACUUCUGGGCCAGAAGUCAACGGCCACAACCUAUGUGGACCGUGCUGCACUGGCCAAUGAAGAAGAGGCCACAAUUCGCAUCCUGAAGCCUGAGGAGACGGACAAGACAGCAAGACAAUUGCUGUUGGGCUUGGACGGCAAAACAAUGACCGUCUUCAGCUUCACAAUGGAGGAAUAUGUGGCCAUGAUCGCAGAGCAAGAAGGAACAUUGACCUACAUCCCCGGUGAUGUCCGAGAAUCCAGGCAAGUGCUGGAAGGAUUCCAAUACAAUCUCACCGCCGAAGAGUUGUCGACAAUGGUCAUUGUCAACUAUGACAACUACAAUUCAAGUGGAUAUGUGUGGGCAUCAGCAAUGCCAGUGAAUGUGCUCACAGCCCUGGAGGUCAAGGAUGAUGAGAACAAUUCUCACAUCAUGACUGCUCUCAUCCAAGGCCUAUACAAUGGAGGCACCACUUGCCUCAAAAUCAUGCCAAAGCACAUCCGAGACAAGGCAUUGGAAUUCCUGUUGGAUCGCAAUCUGGCAACAACCCCAGCCAACAUGAUCCCUAUGCACAGCAUUGGUCAUCCUGACCAUGCAGCCUGGGUCAUGACCAGGUCUGACAAUGAGAUCCAGCAAGUUGGGAACAAAGAGAACAGGAAGCGCCGUGCUGACGACAUGGAAGUCGAACAGAAGGACGGCUAG